AUUUGCCUAGAUAAGUUCAUAUGCGACGGCCUCUCGUUUCAGUUACAUUGAUAAUUUGAUCGGGAGAGACGAAUAUGGCAUCUAUCGCUCUGUCACCUUCCACUAUACCAGGGCAAAAUCAACUUCUCCGUUCAAGCUUCCACGGGAGCGCGCUGACAACAUCCGCCAUUUCUCUUACCUCAAACAAGAUACAUCAUGUUUCAAAGACUUGUCUCAAAAUCACUGCAAAGUUUGACCUGAAGCCUCCUCCAUAUCCUCUGGAUGCUUUGGAACCACAUAUGAGUCGUUCAACCCUCGAAUAUCAUUGGGGAAAACACCACAGAGCUUAUGUGGACAACCUAAACAGACAGAUUGAAGGAACUGAGCUGGAUGAACUGUCACUAGAAGAUAUCAUUCUUAAAACAUAUAACAAAGGUGAUUUACUUCCACAGUUCAACAAUGCAGCACAGAUCUGGAACCAUGAUUUUCUGUGGGAGUCCAUCAAACCUGGGGGAGGGGGAAAGCCAACAGGGGAACUCCUAGAACUGAUUGAAAGAGACUUUGACUCUUUUGAAAAGUUUUUGGAAGAAUUCAAGUCUGCUGCAGCAACGCAGUUUGGUUCUGGUUGGGCUUGGCUUGCAUAUAAGGAUAACACAAUUGGCCAUCCACGUCCAUCAGAGAAAGACAGAAAGCUUGUAAUUCUGAAGAGUCCUAAUGCUGUUAACCCCCUCGUUUGGGACUAUGCUCCACUUCUUACCAUUGACGUUUGGGAGCAUGCUUAUUACCUAGACUUCCAGAAUCGACGACCCGAUUAUAUAUCGACCUUCAUUUCAAACCUCAUAUCGUGGGAAGCCGCAGACUUAAGGCUACAGAAAGCCAAGGUCGAAGCUGCUGAAAAAGCAAAGGAGAAAGAGAAGAAAAAGACCGAAGAUAGCGACACCGACAGCAGCAGUUCAAGUGAGUCGGAUUCGGAUUCUGAAUAAACAUGGCUUCUCUUGUUUACAGUGUUCGUAAAUGUGCACAUUAUAUGUUCCUCGCUUCGUUUGGAUGCAUUUCACUGUUGUCUGUUAUAGUUGAUUGCUGUGCUCUAAGUCUUAUGGCUUGUUGCUGUGAUCAGUUUGUAGACUUUGAGUUGUUUUGCUGUGAAGUGGAGGAGGGAGUGUGUAAUUUUGUAGCUUUGAGUGAAUAAUGCAACCGAACUAGACCAUCGGACCUUUUACUUCGGUUCAGAUGUCUGGAAAUAAAAUGUCUGAAAAUUAAAUAAA